CAUUUAUCCCGUCUACCCCACACUCGCGGCGCAAGGGCCAUCGAUAAGAUCCUUGUCCCUCGGGAGACGACGCAAUUAUUGGAAGUCGAAGCCCAACCGAAUCUGUCCGGGCUGCAGUUGAAAGCCGCAGACGAUGUGGCCAGCGGCGACAAAUUCGAAAAUUUCCCAAAACGUGGGGCCAUCGUCACCGCCAGAGACCCCCAGGACCGCAUCUCCCGUUUUUGGCCGCAAGAGCAGCCCCCGGCCUGAGGAACGGUCGCGGAAGGUUCCUCUUCGCCCAAUGGCGCCGCCACCGUCGACCGGCCGGACAGCGGUCAACGGGCUAGAUUUUAGCCAUCCGCCCUCGAUCCGCCCAGAACAGCUCUCUCCACGCUCCACCAGCUCAUCCUCUGAGCCGCUUUCGGAGUCGGAAGAUUCCGAGGUUUCGGAGGCUUCCAAUGCAGCAGCCGGCCUCUCCCCGUCGGCGGCCACGGAGCGGCGACCGGCUGCAGCCCCACCGACGCCGCCAGCAAGGACGGGCCGCGUGGUGACACAAAGCAAUUUUGACGUCGAAGAGCUGAGCGACUUUGAUGACAACGACAACGACCGGGUCGACAUGGUUCGGCCCUGGGCCAUCGAGUACGCCGAAUCCGACCGGAGCCGCUCUACCUCGCGAACCCGGCCCGAGAUUGACCAGAAAAUGAUGUACAACCUGAACAACCUUAACUGCAGCGACGAUUCGGACAUAAGCUUGAACGAGGAAGAGUAUCACGAGUUUCUCAUGAAGCGCCGUGCUGAACGCCGGCACAAACGAAUGACCUCGGGCAGCAUCGGCAAGCGGACCAUCAGCGAAAGCAUCGGCAGUGACACGGACCGCGAGGACAUCAGGUCCUUCUUGAACGCCGAGCAGGCUGGCUCCAGCGCACGUCGCCUGCGUCGGAGAGUUGGUGACCGGCGGAGCCUACAGUUCCAAGACCCGCCACCGCCAAGGAUCGAUGAGCUCGACGAGCCGGGCUCGAGUGAGGACGAGAUCUUCAUCGGCGAGUCGCUCGCGCGGGAACUUCCCUACUAUGAAUACGUUAGCAUGGAGGUUGAUUCUCCAUGAUAACGCCGGCUGUCCACUGCUUCAUUCUCCAAUUACCGUGACAACGUGGGUAACCUUCGGCGCGGCUCGGCAUGAUGACAAGCCU